AUGUGGGCUCUUUCAUCUCUUCUGAAAACUUUCAGCUGCAUCCGCUUUAAUUUGGCCUUCUUCUGUCCCAUCCUCAUCCUCUUCUUCUUCUUCAUCGGGAGCUUCAUCCUCAUCUUCACCAGCAGCUGCAGCCUCAUCAUGAUCAUCAUCUUCAUCGCCGUGUUCUUCAUCAAGCGCUUCAUCAUUGUCACCUUCAUCAGCGGCUUCAUUCUCAUCAUUAUCAGUAGCUUUCUCAUCAUCAUCAUCAUCUCCAUCACAUUGGCGUUCUGCAUCUCCAUCAUUGUCAUCACCUCCAUCACUGUUGCUGUCCUGGGGGUCCUGGGGGCUCUCGUGAGCGUCUGCGUGCGCGGAAGUGGCGUCCUGGCGACUCAGCUGCUGCCCCCUGCGGACUGCGUGGAGGCGGAGGAGCUGUGCGCCUCGGAGCCCCGGUGCCAGACCAGCUACCACGUGCUGGAGUACUGCGCCUCCGAGGAGGCCGUGGCCCCCCUGGGCCCCGACGCCCGGCGGGAGUGCGUGGCGGCGGAGGCCGCGCUGCUGCACAGCCCCCUGCUGGCCUGCAAGUGUCAGCGCGGCACCCGGAAGGAGGAGCAGUGCCUGCGGGUCUACUGGACAGUCCGCUACUCGCAGGGGUACUACGAGUACGAGGCCUCGCCCUACGAGGAGACGGAGGCGCAGAGCCGCUGGAGCAGUCCUGCUGUCCGCAUGGCCCCCAUCGUGUCAGGCUCCACCCUGCCCCUGGACAGUCAGAACCAGUGCCUGAAGGCGGCGCAGGACUGCGGGCUGUACGAGAAGUGUGGGGCCCUGCGCUCCGAGUACGUGCUGGCCUGCACCAAGCGCGCGCCCAGCUCCUCGCACUGCAACCGGCAGAAGUGCCACCGCGCGCUGCGCCGCUUCCUGGAGCGCGUGCCCGAGGAGUACGUCCUGGCCGUGCUCUUCUGCCGCUGCUCCACCACGCUGUGCGGAGAGCGCCGCCGCAAGACCAUCGUGCCGUCCUGCUCCUACGAGGAGAGGGAGAAACCCAACUGCCUCAGCCUGCAGGGCUACUGCAUGAGGGACGACCUCUGUAGGGCCAGACUGGCAGAUUUCCAGCGCCACUGUCAGCCGUCGGCCCUGUCCGCCUCUGGCUGUGUCAGAGAGAGUGGAGCUGCCUGUCUCCGGUCCUACAUCGGCCUGAUAGGCACGAUCAUGACCCCCAACUACAUCAGUAACAGCAGUGACGUGGUGUCCCAGUGGUGUACCUGUGAGGGCAGUGGGAACCAGUGGCAGGACUGUGAGAGAGUCCUCCGCAUGUUCACCAGCAACUCCUGUCUGCGGAAUGCAAUCACCUCUCUGGGCAGCUCCGCCCCCCGGCCUGUGGAGAGCACAACCCCUCCUCCCACCCGGAUCUCCCUCCGAGUCCAGCAGAACAAUGACAUCAUCCUGCCAGACCUAGCCAAGGUGGAGGACGAAGAGGAAGAUGAUGACGAAGAGUUCAAUGUCAUCCCCCCGUACUCGGAGAAAGCCACUGAGUCCAACGCCCGGUCCGUAGCUCCAGGGCCCCACGGAGGGGACGUCCCCAAAACGCUGCUCCUGGGCGCUGUGCUGGUUCUUAGGGGUCUGGAAUAGACACCCCCAAAACCACCAGGGCAGCAAUGUGACUGUCACCCCGAAGGGGAGGGAGGGGAGAGAGGAGAGAGGAGAGAGACCACUUUUCUCCUCCUCUGUCUCUGGAGGUCUUCAAACACCCCGACAAAAAAAUCUGUACAUAUCACUUCUCACCUC